AUGACCCUUUCUGAGCUUAAAAGCUUCAUGCGUUCUCAUCUGAGUGAAAAGAGUGGUAGUGAGUUAUUUCAGGAGCUAAUGAGCACCAAGCAACAUGAGCAUGAGAGUCCCCAGCAGUUUCUCUACAGAAUGAUAGGACUGAAACAGAAAGUCAUGUUUGCAUCCAGACAGGAUAGUAUGGACAUUGAGUAUGAGCACCGCACAAUCCAGAAUGUGUUUCUGCGCACCAUCCAUCAGGGCCUUCUCCCCAAGUACAGUGACAUUCGCAAUGAACUCAAGCCUCUCCUGUCUGAUUACACUGUUUCAGAUGAAGCACUGAUAAGACAAGUUAAUAAAGUGUCUAGUGAGGAAAAUGGUUUUGAAUUCCUGGAGAUUCUGAAGGAGGUAGCAUGUGAUAACACUGAAAACCCUGAUCUGAGCAUCAUCUGGAUCGACCCAGAUGACCUCCCCCUGUUGGUGCCAUACUGGAAAAACACCUUUGGCAUUGACCUUUCCUCUCCACAAAUUGGUGUGGUGGAUGUAAAGGAUGCUGACACUGUUUGGAUGGAGAUGGAUGAUGAGGAGGACAUGCCCACUUCAUAUGAGAUGGACACCUGGACUGAGGAUGUGCUGUCGGGCAAAAUUGACAUUGAUGAUGACGAUGACGAUGAUGAUGACGAUGAUGACGACAAUGAUGACGACGAUGAUGAUGACGAUGAUGACAACAACAAUGAUGACGAAGACGAUGAUGAUGAUGCCGACGAUGAUGACGACGACGAUGACGACGAGGACGCCGAUGAUGAUGACGACGACGACGAUGAUGAUGAUGAUGAGGAUGAUGACGAUGAUGAUGACGACGACGAUAAUGACGACGAUGAUGAUGAUGAUGACAACGACAGUGAUGAUGAAUAAAUUCCUUCCAUCAUUUCAGGGAUUUCACCAUGUUGGUUGGCACUAGACCAAAUACUUUUAUGGCCAUGAAUGUGAAGUUCAUAGUUCAUUAAAGGCUUCAGUGUCCACACAUCAUGGUCAUCACUUCCUGGUUUUGGAAGCUUUUUGCCUUUCUAAGGCAGGAAUCCAUCUGAAUCCCUUGACACUUCAGGGGCACAUCCGCAUUAUUUGAAUGGUCUUUUUAUAAUGCCCUUGUGGUAUUCCCGAACUUUGUAAAUGUUUAUCUUCUUGUCCAAAGUUAAAAUUCAAGUUAAAAUUCAAGUUUAACUUCAAGUUCAAAUUCUCAGUGUUUAUAGUUCAUGCUUAUUUAAAAGCAUUCUCUAAAAUUAAAAAUGGAGACAAGCCUGGGGGUAUUAAGCCAUCUAAGAGAUCUACAAAAUUUUACAAAGUUUAAGUAAUAGUAUCUUGUAUUUUUAUAUGUGUACCCAGGAAUCUUUCUUUGCCAUGGAGGUGGGUUUCUUACCCUGAUAUUUUUAAGAAGUAACUGUUUUGAUUGGGUGGAUUUUCAAUAUACUAAUGUGAGCAUAUACUAACAUAUACUAAAUCAACAAAAAGUGCAUUAUUUUUGUUAUUUGUUCAAACGGGAGGAGGCUGUAUUCACAAAAAUGUCUUAAUUUGACCAUUUCUUGUAGAAAGUAGUAGAUGUACAACAGAAGUAAAAGAGCAAAUCAGAUUUUGUCCAAUGUUGGAAACAUGUGAAGACAAGAAGAACAAGAAACAAAAACUGUUUUCCAUGGUCUUCAUUUCAAUGUAUGUGCAUUUUUGUGAGAGUGUGAGUGAAAUGUAAACACCGAUGAGAAGUGAGAUUUUUUUAAAUGAACAGAAGUAAACACAAAAUACACAGCAAAGAAUUAAAAAUAUUCUUUGCAAAUAUUAAUUCAUACUUACUAUAUAUCUGAUUUAACCAGAUUAAAAAGAAGAAGAAAAAAAACAUUUAAUUAUAGCAUUUUGUUGGAGUUUGGACAACAUUCCAGUUUCAGAACUUUAUUAUCUUAGACCUUAGUUUACAUAGCUCAUUAGGUAGGUCAUUAGAAAUUGUCAGCUGAUGACAAUUCCAGAGCAUAAUAAAUUGUCUGACUCUACAAACAUUC